UGGUCAUGAAUUGAGGCGUUAAUCAAUGUACAAUUACUUGUACAUAAAUAAUUGCAUUGUAGAUAGCGUGACCUAACACUAUACAAUUAUCACCCAACAUCAUCAUCGCUAUUGUUAUUGUUUGGUUGACAGGUGUACAACAUGGCAGGACUAACUGCUCAAGGAAGAGAUUUGGGAGCUAGAGUCUCUAGUUUAUUUGAAAUUCCUGAUAAAAGAUUGGCAGCCAUUGGCUCCAGUAUAACUUCUUAUGCCUGUGAUCCAAGACUCUCUGAGGAUACUGGAAGACCAGCGAAGAAGGUAUAUUAUGAAAAUACCUUUAAAUUAGAACCAGACACAAAAUUUAGAGCGGACAAGGUUAAACCUAUAAUAGACGACAUUUUUGCUAAACAUUUACAAGGAAGAAAGUAUGAUCCAAUCGAAUGUUCUAUAUUGUCCAAGUCACUAGCAGAAGAAUUAAAGAUGAAAGUAAAGGAACUAAAUUUUAAGAGGUACAAGAUAAUAAGUUUGGUGACCAUUGGACAAAAAAAUGACCAAGGAGUAAGGAUUGGAAGUAGAUAUCUCUGGGAUCAUGAGAGAGAUAGUUUUGCAUGCUCUUCCUUCCACAACAAAUAUGUGUUCGCUGUAGGCACUGUUUAUGCUCUGUAUUACGAAUAGGCAUUAGUGGAGUCAGCAAAUUUCAGCAUGUGUCGUUUUAUUUUUGUUACAUUCACGUCUUUUUAUUAAUGAAACUAAUAAAUGAUUUUAAAUUGUUA